AUUAAAGGGAUUCAUUCGGUAUAAAAAAGAAAUCAAAGCGACAAGGAAAGCAACAGCGCAUUAAGUAUUGUUAUUUGCAACUAAUGAAAUGAAACCGAUUAUUUAAUUGUAAUAAUUAGCUUAUUACCACCACGGAAGCACUGAUUCAAGCGUUGAGAGGAAGGUUUGGUCAGCAGGGACCGAAAAGACCUGCAGGAUGGCAGCAGUGGGGACUUGGUCCUUCUCACAGCCCGCAGUAGAGAAAAUGCGGUGUAUGAUUCUAACGGGACAGAAUGCCACUGAUGUUGUCGAGGUGGCAAUAGCAGAUGUUGAGAAUGAUGUGGAGACAGGCUGUCAUAUAGUUGGAAGAGGAGGCUUCCCCAAUAGCAGGGGAAUAUUGGAGUGUGAUGCAGCAAUAAUGGAAGGUGUGCCAGGGAGAUUUGGGGCAGUAGCAGCAUUACGAGGGGUGGGGCAGCCAUGUUGUGUAGCACGCAGAGUAAUGGACAGAAGUCCUCACAGCUUUCUAGUUGGUGAAGGAGCUGAAGCCUUUGCACGAGAAGAAGGCUUUACCAUUGAACCCAAUGACACCAUGCUCUCUAGCCAUACAGUUGCUGCCUAUCAGGACUUCCUUGAAAAGAGGAAGCAAGCCAGUGGCCAUGAUACUAUAGGCCUCAUUGCUCUUGAUCUUACAGGAAAUAUCACAGUUGGAGUUUCCACAUCAGGAGCACCUUUCAAGCCUCCAGGGAGAGUGGGAGACUCUCCACUUCCUGGCUGUGGCCUGUAUGCUGACCACACGGUUGGUGCUGCUGCAGCUACAGGUGAUGGGGACAAAAUCAUGUGCUACUGUCCUAGCUUUCAUAUUGUACAACUGAUGAGACAGGGUUCAUCUCCUAAAGAAGCCUGUUCUUCUGUCCUCACUGAUAUAAGAAGGAGAACAGGAGAAGGUGAAUGCUUUGAGAUUGGCCUUGUUGCCUUGAACAUGAAGGGAGAGGUGGGUGCAGCUUCCUCAGUGGAAUUCCCUUAUGCUUUUUGGAACCAAGGGAUGGAUUCAGUAGAGAAGCGUGUAAUUUCUUAUUAAGUGUCUUCUGACUUUGCCCCUGCAAGAUUGCUUUCUCAGUGUAAGAAUAAACUUUCAAGUAUGCACUCUCAAGAG